CACCCCGGCCCGGUGGCACCGCGGGCACCGCCAGGGCCGUGGGUGGCACCAGAGGUGACAGCUCUGCCCCGGCUCUGCCACCUGCGCUGGCACCGAUGGCUUUGCUGGCGCUGCUCGUCCUGCUGGCCCUGGCCGGGCCCGUCUGGGCCACCUGGGACACCUGCAGAGGCACCUGCGGGCUCUGGCCCAUGGUUUUGAACGAGAGCUCCGCCAUUCCCGAGUUCGGAUCCUCGCAUUCUGCCGAGGGCACAACCCUCGAUGUCAACCCGGGGGCCUGGCCCGGCAUCGCCAGCAUCCAGGUCACCCUGGAGAACGGCACGUGGCACAUGUGCUCGGGGGCACUCGUCAGCCACCGCUGGGUCCUCACAGCCGCCAGCUGCUUCAUCACGGCCGGGGAUGUCCUCAAGUGGAAGGUGGUGGUGGGGGCCACGGAUCUGGCCCAGCCGGGCCCCCAGGCCGAGGCGUUCCAGAUCAAGCAGCUCCUGAAGCACCAGGACUACGACCCCGCCACGGCCAGGAACAACAUCGCGCUGCUGGAGCUGGACCAGCCCGUGGAGUGCAGCGACUACAUCCAGCUGGGCUGCGUGCCCGACAGCUCCCUGGCCGUGCCCGAGCUGAAGACCUGCUACAUGGCGGGCUGGAGAGCCACCCCGGACAGCGCCCCCGGCCCGCGCCUGGUGCUGCAGGAGGCCAAGGUGCGGCUCAUCGACGUCCAGCUGUGCAACAGCAGCCGCUGGUACGGGGGGGCCGUGCACCCCCAGGACCUGUGCGCGGGGUACCCGCGGGGCGGCAUCGACACCUGCCAGGGGGACAUCGGGGGUCCCCUGGUCUGCAAGGACAACGCCGGUGACUACUUCUGGCUGGUGGGACUGGCCAGCUGGGGCAAGGGCUGCACCAGGGCCAGGAGGCCUGGCAUCUUCACCUCCACCCAGCACUUCUACUCCUGGAUCCGUGCCCACGCCGGCCCCGGCCCGACAGGGCCACCACCAGCACCAAAGGCCACCCUGAACUCGCCGGAGCCUCCAGAACCGGAGCCACCAGAACCGGAGCCACCAGAACCAGAGAGCAGCGAGCCGGUCACGGACAUUUCCUUCCCAAAGGAGACCCUGACAGGAUUCCUCAGGAGGCUGCACGAGGUGUUGGAGCUCCUGAAGGACAGGACAGGGUGAGCAGGAGGGGCAGCGGAUCCAGUUCUGGCUGCAGAGGAUCUCCAGCAGCCCCUGGCUGGGGCCGUGGCUUUGGCCCAGGUCAUUCCCGGUGCCCAGGGCUGCUGUGCCCUGCCCCUGCUCCCGCCCUGAGCCCACCUCACGGAUGCUCAGAUCGAUUUAAUCCUUGGAUUAAAGUUGUGUUGCCCGUGG